GGUUGUCACAUGAUGGAUCCGUGGUAUUCUGCGUGGCACCUAUAUUUCCUCUAGCUUUGAUUGGGCCUAACACUAUUUUGUUAUCUUCUGAGAUGUUUUGAAAUUGUUUUCUGCCACAAGAACUUUUUCCCGCCGGCCUGGAGAUAAACUUCUUCUGAUAGACUCUCAAUCGCGGCUGCUGAUCCGGUUCUCUAUAAGAGCUUGACAGAUAUGCUGGCACUGUGUUGGUGAUGUUUUCUCGCAAUCUUGUCCUUCAGAUCGCCUUUACGUUCUCUACCAUUCUUUAUGCUUUGGCCGAUGAUCCUCCGGCUGGGAUCCACGCACUUCCUGCGCCAAACAUGACUUCCUCGUUCUGGCUCAACAGUCCUGCUAAUCCCAAUCCUCUCCGUAACGCGGGUAGCGACGGUCCACUUGCCUCCGGCGCUGACGUCUGUAUCAUUGGCUCUGGUUUGACCGGUAUCAGCGCGGCGUAUCAUUUAUCUCAGUCAGAUAUCGCUUCCCAUCUCAAGGUCAUCGUGUUAGAAGCCAGAGAGUUUUGCUCAGGCGCUACUGGACGUAAUGGUGGCUUUCUCUCUGCAGCCUCGUGCACGUCUUAUGUCGAGCUGCAAGAGGAGUAUGGCACGGACGAGGCGCUGCGUGGAUUGUUGUUGGAACACCACAGCUACAAUUUCACCAUCGGCAUGCUAGAAAAGCACAACCUUCUCAAAGAGGCCAGCAUUUUGUUUGGCGACAGUAUUCAUUUAUUCCAGGCGGAAGACGAAUACAUAUCUAACAAGGCUGACUGCGAUGCUGCUGAGGCUGAGGGAAUAGAUAUGACCGGGAUCAAUUGGUGGACUGCGGACUAUAUAUCGGAGAGGUUCAACACAUCUUCGUAUGGUGCCUAUACCAAUCCAUUUGCGGCUAUAUGGCCUCAGAAGAUUGCGACCCAGAUGUACAUUCUGGCGGAACGAAAUUUUGACCUUUCUCUUCACACUCACACGCCUGUCCUUUCUAUCAACGACACCAGUCGCAACUCCUGGUCACUGAUUACGCCUCGCGGAUCUGUCGAAUGCAAAUAUGUCAUUCAUGCUACCAAUGGAUAUGCGGCCAGCCUCAUUCCGCACAUGUGGGGAUAUGGAGGCAUAAUGCCAGAACGUGGACAGAUGAUCGCUAUUCGUGCAGGUGUAGACCUCAAAGAGCUGAGCACAAAUGGAUGGUCGACUGAUACAGGAUAUUGGAUUUCACAGCUGGACGGCGAAGAGCUUCCUAUCGUACUAUUUGGUGCUGACAGCAGUGCUUUCAAUGACACAGGACACGUCCAUAACUAUACCGAUGAUUCGGCAGUGGUUCAGAGCACCCUUGAACUGGAGGUCGCUUAUCUUCCACAACUUCAACCUAAACUGUACAUUAAGAGAACCCCAGCCGAGUACUCAUGGACAGGUAUCAUGGGCUACACAGCCACUGGUGAUCCCUUCGUCGGGCCUGUCGUUGAAAAAUCUAAUAACGUCAAUUACGACAACCAGUAUAUAUCAGCUGGUUAUAAUGGCUAUGGAAUGCCACGCACUGUCGCAUGUGCUGAAGCUGUUGUUCAAAUGAUCAUAGCGAAUAUUACGGGCACAGAAUGGAUCCAGCCUGACUGGUUUCCGAGCAGGUAUUUGACAUGGAAUAAGUAGACUGCACAAUUCCGUUUUGUGCUACUGAGUCUUCGGCCCGGUUGAUCACAAGUCACUAAUGACGUCUUUGUGCUGCUCACCGACAAUAUACUUACUUAGUACUCAUACACUUGAGCUUUUCCACUCGUUGCAGUCAUGCCCUCACGUUAUA